GAGAAUUGAAAAAGCGAACGACAACAAUAAAAAAAAUUUAUUUUAAAACAUUCAUAAAUUCUAGACUAGCAAUAGUGAAUAGCAUAAAACACAUAUAAUCCAAAGCAACAAAUUUUUGACUGGACUUGCCUUAAAGUAGCAGCUACAGCUAAAAGCUGCUGUGAAACAAUCAAAUUGUGAUUAUUAGUCAAGUUUAAGAAAAACUAGUGUACAAAUCCAAUAAACAGUUAAGAAAUCAACAGAAAACCAAACGGAAUUCAAGUAGACGCCAAAAAAAAAAACAAAAUAAGAAUAAUGAUGGAAACCAUUUAAUGUGAAAGCAAAGGAAACGGUUAACAGUUAACGGUUAACGGGAGAGCCGCUCAAGAUGUCCAUGGUAUGCAGUCUGAAUGGCGAUGGCAGCCAGGCAACAAACAGCACCAAUACAAAUGCAAACACAAACGCAAACACAGCAACAAACUCAAAUUCAAAUACAAACGCAAUUGGGUCCACGGCCACGCACACAACGUUCGACUACACGCAACAGCAACAACAACAGCAACAACAACAACAACAUGAUAUGCCCAAUGCCAGCACCCCGCUGCUGCUGGGCCACGAGUCGGGCGGCCUGAGCGGCGUUGCCAACAGCGACGUUGGCAACAAUGGUAGCGGUGCAGCCAUAACGGUACUGCAGCCGCCUGUCAUCUUAGGCACAGCGAAUUUCACGGCAACGGAGCCGGCUGCGGCGUCAGCGUCAGAUACAGUGGUUAGCAUGAAUAGCGGUACUUUGAAUGUGUCUGGCGUGACGUUGCCAGGCACAUUGAAUUUCGUAAUGGGCGCCACGUCCGCGCAGGCGGCGACCAACAAUGACAACAACAACAACAUGGACAAUGCGAGCGACGACUCGAACCCGGUGACCAUUUACAGGUGCCGGGCCCCGAUAGCGUCCCUCGACUGCAUGGAGGAGUUCAGUGGUACGGGCGGUCAUCUUGAUUUCGGGCGUUCGAUAAGCCUGGGCUCCAAUCCGGCGCUGCCGCUGCGGCACGGCUCGACGCCCACGCCCGGCUUGCGGUACAAGAAUCUGGGCAAGAGCGGUCUGCGUAUCUCGAACGUGGGCUUGGGCACAUGGCCAGUGUUCUCGCCGGGCGUCAGUGAUGAGCAGGCCGAGGCCAUACUAAAACUGGCCAUCGACAGCGGCAUCAAUCUGUUUGACAUCUCCGAGGCGCACUCUGAGACGGAAAUUGGCAAAAUAUUGCAGCGCACGGGUUGGAAGCGAACCACCUAUGUGAUCACAACCAAAGUGUACUGGAGCACCAAAUCCGAGGAGCGGGGCCUAUCACGCAAACACAUCAUCGAGUGCGUGCGAGCCAGUUUGCAGCGUCUGCAGUUGAACUACAUCGAUAUUGUCAUCAUUCACAAGGCAGAUCCCAUGUGUCCCAUGGAAGAAGUGGUGCGAGCCAUGAGCUAUGUCAUCCAGCAAGGCUGGGCCAUGUAUUGGGGUACCGCCAGAUGGUCUCAGGUCGAGAUAAUGGAGGCGUAUACCAACUGCCGGCAGUUUAACUGCAUAACACCGAUUGUUGAGCAGUCGGAAUACCAUAUGUUCUGUCGCGAAAAGUGUGAGCUCUACCUGCCCGAGAUGUAUAACAAAAUAGGCGUGGGUCUGAUGGCUUGGGGACCACUGUCCAUGGCAUUGAGUGAUACGCAGAAUGGGGACAAACUGUUUUUGCCCAAGGGCUCAUUCAAGACCAAGAGCUUUUCGUGGACCGAGGAUGAGAUCAAUCGCAAUGCCGCACUGUCGCCGCAGGGUAGCUGGGGCAAGGAUCGGAUUGAGGAGGGGCGACGCCAUUGCGAUCGGCUGCGUGACUUGGCCGCGCUGGCCGAGAAGCUUGGCUGCAGUCCGACACAGCUGUCGAUUGCCUGGUCACUGAAGCACGAGCCCGUUCAGUGCCUUCUGCUGGGCGCCACCUCGGCGGAGCAGCUGCAUCAGAGCUUGCAAUCGUUGCAGCUAUUGCCGCGGCUGUCGUCCAGCGUAAUGCUGGAAUUGGAGCGGAUAUUGGAGAAUAAACCGGUGAGACCGCCAAUGAUAUCCACACUGGCGCUUCGGUGACAAUCAGCCUGCCCGCAGGGCCCACUCAGCCUGAGCGGCGGUGGGCCCUGCGGUGCCGAUUCGCCAAAGCAGGAGGAGGAGGCUUUCAUUGAGGAGGCGGAUGCCAAGGAGGCUGCAAAGCAGGGUUUCUGUGUUAUUCAGUGACGAAAGGAGUCCUUAGAUAAUGAUAAUAAAUUUUUGAAAGUGAUUAGCAGUAAAACUAGCCUAAGUAGCAAUACUAUGACAACAACAAUAAGCAAGCAUGAGCUGCAGCAGCAACAGCAGCAACACAAACUGCAACAUUAUC